UAGGGACCGCAUCAAAGUAUCCAAAAAACCUCUGAAUUUUCAAGCACCCAGUUUUCAAAUUACAACUGAACACUUCACCGUUAAAGUAUCCAAAAUCCAGUUAGAAGUUUAAUAUUCCCCCGUUUCCAUAUGCAGCAAACACCUUACCAUGAAACCCAAUCUUGCUCAUCUGUUCCUUACCCUGUUUCUGCAAAUCAUAACCCUACACGUGGCCGGAGACUCACCUUCUGUCUACAAACCGGUCGAUGACAUCACCCUACAGUGCGGCCUUUCCGGCGACCAAGUCAACCAACAGGACGGACGAACUUGGAGUGGCGAUAUCAACUCAAAAUUCUCCCCCUCCCAAGCAGCUGGCAGCUCAUCCAUAUUCAAAGCAGCAACCCCGAUCUCCUCUUCCAGCCAAGUGCCUUACACCGCAGCUCGGCUCUCUCGCUCCGAAUUUACGUACACAUUUCCACUCACCAGCGGCCAAAAGUUCAUCCGCUUGUACUUCUACCCCACCUCCUACGCCGCCGAGUUCGACCGAUCUAAAUCCCUCUUCUCAGUCGAAGCCGGCGGCUUUACCCUUCUCCGCGACUUCAACGCCUCCGUCACCGCCGACGCUUCCUGGUCGGAGACAGUAUCCAGGGAGUUCUGUCUCAACAUAGCAUCCGAACAGAGCUUGAACAUCACGUUCACUCCGAGCAGAGCAAGUCCAGAUGCCUAUGCCUUCAUCAAUGGAAUCGAAAUCGUGUCCAUGCCCGACAAUCUUUACUACACUCCACCACAAAGCGCAGAUGGGCCUGUUUCCGUAGGCAGCAUAAACCCGUAUCCGAUCGAAAAUAACACCGCCAUGGAGAUGGUCUACCGGAUCAACGUCGGCGGAUCUCAGCUCUCGUUCAAUCGGGACACCGGAAUAUACAGAAACUGGGAUGGUAUUCAAGUGGACUACAACUAUUUGGACGAUUUGAGUAAAAACUUUAGUGUUCUGCCGCAAAACAGUAGUAUUCAGCCCGACUUUUCGAAAAUUCCGGAGUACUCUGCUCCGGAAGAAGUUUACCGAACCGCUCGGUCGAUGGGGAGGAACAAAACCAUAAACAAGAGCUAUAAUCUCACCUGGGGGUUUCCGGUAGAUUCUACGUUUUAUUACUUUAUUCGGCUUCAUUUUUGUGAGUUCGAAGGUGCUGUUACAUUGCCCAGGGACCGGCUGUUUCAAAUCUUCAUCGCCAAUCAGAUGGCGGAUGUAAUCACGUGGAGCCAAGGUUAUGGGAAGCCAGUGUACAAAGACUACGUCGUUUUCGUGCCUGCCGGCGCCGGAAGUAAAAAGAAAGUUCAUCUCUUUCUUGCACUGAAAGCCACCCCAAAAGAUUGGUUGACGAAUUACAACGAUGCAAUCUUGAACGGACUCGAGAUCUUCAAGCUCAGUGAUUCAAAUAGGAAUCUCGCCGGACCAAACCCCGUCCCGCCUCCCCUGCCAAAUAUAGCUCAGCCGGAGAGCCCCAAAGUUUCAGACAAGAAAUCUAUUCCUCUGCAUGCGAUCAUCGCCGGUGUAGUUUCAGGUGUGUUUGUUUUGGCCUCUGUGUUUGGAUUUUUGGUUUUCGGGAGAGGAAGAAAAGUCAAGGACACUGCCUCAGAUGGGUCGUCAUCUUUACCCCCACAUUUGUGUCGUUGCUUUUCACUGUCGGAGAUCAAAGCCGCCACCCAAAACUUCAGCCAGACUUUCAUUGUUGGUGUUGGUGGCUUCGGUCACGUGUACAAAGGGCAUGUCGACGGCGGGGCCACUCCCGUUGCUAUCAAACGGCUGAAACCCGAGUCAUCACAGGGAGCCCGUGAGUUCAAGACGGAAAUCGAGCUGCUCUCACAACUCAGACACCGCCAUUUGGUGUCUCUUAUUGGGUAUUGUACUGAUAAAAAUGAGAUGAUUUUGGUAUACGAUUACAUGGCACGCGGGACCCUCGCCGACCAUCUCUACCACACCGACAACCCACCUCUCUCCUGGGGACAACGGCUCCAAAUUUGCAUUGGAGCUGCACGAGGGUUGCGCUACCUUCACAGCGAUGCCCAGGGCACUGUCAUCCAUCGUGACGUGAAGAGCACAAACAUUUUAUUGGAUGAGAAAUGGGCGGCCAAGGUUUCGGAUUUCGGAUUGUCGAAAGUGUGCACGACCACCAUGUCCAAGAUCCACAUCAGCACGACCGUGAAAGGCAGUUUCGGGUAUCUAGACCCGGAAUACUACCGACGUCAACAACUAACGGUGAAGUCUGAUGUGUACUCAUUCGGUGUAGUGUUGUGUGAAGUAUUGUGCGCAAGACCAGCUGUGGUGCAUGCAGCGGAGACGAGGCAAAUGAACUUGGCUGAGUGGACCAAGAGCUGCCAUCGUGAUGGGGAACUUGAUCAAAUCAUUGAUCCGAACAUGAAGGGUAAGAUUGAAACUGAUUGUUUGAACAAGUUUGUGGAAAUUGCUAUGAGUUGCAUCAAUGAUAGUGGGAUUGAACGGCCGUCAAUGGACGAUGUUGUGAGGGGGCUUGAGUUUGCAUUGCAACUACAUCAGAAUUGCGGUGACAGGAACGACUAUGAAGCCUUCACUAGUGUGCCAGGUUGCGCUACGAAUGAAUCCGUUUUGUGUAUAUCUGAGACGAUCUUCUCAGAAAUCAACGAUCUGAAUGGGAGAUGAUGAGCAACAUUAGAGUAAUCUGGCUAGAAUAAUAUGAUGUAUUAGCAAGUCAGUAACUAUUUCUUAUCAAUUGUGUUUGUACCCAAAUGAAUGCUGAAUUACUUGUAGCGCCUCA